GGCACCUCCCCUCCUCUUUCCCUUCCCUCCCGCCACCUCCCCCUCCUCGCGCCUGGCCUCUGCCUUCUCUUCCAUCAUGGGUUGUCUUGAUGAACUCCGCUCCGGCCAGUUCUCCAUCUACGGCCAGUGGGUGGCGAUUGCAAGCAUUGUUCUGCUGUUCAUCUUCUCCCUGGUCAACAUCAUCGGGACGCUCAUCAUUUUCGCCAUCCUCGGCAUUGUCAUUUCCAUUUUCAUGCUUCUCAUUGAGAUCCCCUUUUUCACUGUCUGCUGCAAGACCCCGCUGAUCAUGAAGUCCACCGCCUUCUUCGACAAGCUCUGGGUCCGCUCGAUUCUUUACCUGGCCUUCGGUGCUCUGAUGAUGUGCACCGUCGCCAUCAAGGUGUCCACCCUGAUUGUUCCAGCCAUCACCCUGCUGGCUGCGGCCCUGCUCUACAUGACCGCCUUGUGCAAGCGCGAGACCCGCUCGGCCAGCACCCUGACCGGCGGCCAGGGCGUUGUCAGCAACUCCUACCAGCCCGAGGGAGCUGCCCCCCAGAACCAGCUGGUGUGAAGAGAGGCUCCCCUAUCUCCACCUCCUUCUCUCUUCCCCUCCCUCCACUCCUUGCCUUUCCCCUCACACAAACGCAAGCGCGCGCGCGCGCACACACACA